AUGCUGGCGUCUAUUCUCGCAGCUCUUAGGGAACCUACCCCGGGUCCCCAGCAGCGCCCCGUGCGCUAUGCUGGCGAAGAUACCACCCCGACCACCAAGCGGGAGAUCCUAGGCUGGUACUCGUACGGAAUCGCAGCUGAGGUUUUUGCGGUCUGCGGCGUGGGGUCCUUUCUUCCGCUCACCCUCGAACAGCUCGCUCGAGAGCAUGGGACGCUACAAACAAGCCAUCUGCCCUGCUGGGGCCCUCGAGCACCAGCCAAUGGCACCCAAUCGGCAGGCGAGCAGUGUAUGGUUGGGGUUAUGGGUCUUCAGAUCAGCACGGCCAGUUUCGCCAUGUAUACCUUCUCGCUGGCGGUGUUGAUCCAGGCGCUGACGCUGAUCUCGUUUAGCGCAUUAGCGGACUACGAAAAUAACCGCAAGAACUUACUACUGGCCUUUGGUUUUAUCGGGUCCGCCACUAGCAUGCUGUUCUUGUUGAUCGCCCCAUCGCUGUUCUUACUCGGAUCGAUCCUGGUUGUCAUCGGUGUAACUUGCUUGGGCUCCUCGUUUGUGGUGUUGAACUCUUUCCUACCAGUUCUUGUCGCGAACCAUCCAUCAAUUCAGAAUGUACCAGGGCGUAAUAACGAGGAAUUGUCGGAUCUCAGCCGACAUGGAGAUCCAAACUGGAACCCUGUGAACGAUGAUGACAGCGUGGAUGGCAUAGAGUCCGAAGGCCUACAGCCUGGGUAUACAGAAGAUGGCAUCAAGUCGAAGAAGAUGAAAUCAUCUUCUCCCGAGCUUCAGCUAUCCAAUCAGAUUUCAUCCAAGGGCAUCGGUCUGGGCUACUCGGCUGCAGUGUUUGUGCAGAUCCUGAGUAUCUUGCUCUUGGUGACACUAAACAAAACGUCACUUGCCAAAACGUCCGGGACUCUUCCCAUGCGGUUUGUGCUGCUUCUGGUCGGCAUAUGGUGGUGCCUCUUUACAUUCGUAGCUCGCCGUUGGCUGCGGACGCGGCCAGGUCCCCCGCUCGAGACUUCCUCUGCGCCAGGGCGUUCUCGUUGGAGGGUAUGGCUCGGGUUAGUAGGCUUUGCGUGGAAAUCGCUGUGGCAAACCAUGAAAAUUGCGGUCAAACUUCGCGAAGUUCUGGUUUUCCUAAUUGCUUGGUUCCUGUUGUCAGACGCCAUGGCAACCGUCUCUGCCACUGCCAUCCUUUUUGCCCGGACCGAAUUGAAAAUGAGCACCACGGCGGUUGGUCUGCUGUCAAUCACGGCGACUUUGUCCGGCAUGACCGGGGCAUUUCUCUGGCCGCAUGUUGCCCGUUAUUUCAAAUUGCAGUCCAAUCACACCAUCAUUCUGUGCAUUGCCCUGUUUGAAAUCAUCCCUCUAUACGGCAUGCUCGCCUACAUCCCCUUCAUCAAGAACUGGGGGGUACUGGGGCUUCAACAGCCAUGGGAAAUCUUUCCCCUGGCGAUCGUGCAUGGCGUUGUCUCGGGUGGACUCGCUUCUUAUUGUCGCUCCUUUUUCGGUCUUCUCAUCCCCCCCGGCAGCGAGGCGGCCUUUUAUGCACUGUAUGCCGCAACGGAUAAAGGGAGUUCCUUUAUUGGGCCUGCCGUUGUAGGCAUGUUGAUUGACGCGACGGGGUCGAUUCGCUCGGGCUUUUUCUUCAUCGCCGUGAUCAUCGUGCUGCCAAUUCCAUUGAUGUGGAUGGUGAAUGCCGAGAAGGGUCGACACGAAGGUCUUGCCAUGGCCGAUCGCCUGGGCAAAUCUCACGCGGGCCCUCCGGAGGAUGUGCGGGAAGCAGAGGGACUAUUGGCUCACGAGGAGUAG